UCAGUUGUUUUGUUUAUUGAUUUAAAUGGCAUUUAAAUAUAAACUCUAAACUGUUUUAUGUUUGAAAUAAUAUGAAUGAUAUGAUAAUCACUUGAAUUGAUUCCCAAGACAUGACAACCGGUAUUAUUGUUACGAAAGCAAUAAUUGAUGACACCGAUUUAUACAUCAAACCAAUACUUAAUGAACGAAGAUAUCAAAGACAUGAAAGUCAUUCAAAUGAAUCGUCAGAUGAAAUACAACUCAGUAUUGAUGACAACUGUUUGGCAGAAAGAGAGGUAAUGAUAUCUCUAGGACUUCCUGUUGACUUCGGAUCAAUGCAACAGAAGAAUAGAAAGACAAAAAGGAAACAAAAUAAGAUUAAGAAGAGAUACAAACAACAAGAUUUGUAUUUUGAAACAAAUGAUUUAUUGGAUGAGAUUAUUGACUGUAAGGAUCGCAUCCAACAAUGUUUACCACAAUUGUUGUCAAAUUGUGUUAUUAACACUCAAACAACUGAUGGCAACGACACAAAUGAUUGUCCGCAGUCGUCGACUAAUCCAAAAGAUGAUGACAAACAAAAAGAUAGCAAAACCUCACAAGUUUUGAUGGCAACCACAAGUACACCGACCAUCAACUCAUUUAGUAGUUGUCUUGUUAACGAUGACAGCAGUGAUAACGAACCUCCAGAAGAAAAMCCUGUUGUCAUCAAAAGAGAACACGAAUCAGAUUCACUGAUAUUAAAUGAAGACAUACUUAAUAAAAGUAAGACAAAAAUGAUAAGAAAUAUCGGUAAAACAAAUUUCAACAAAUCUAAGAAACCAAAAGAUAAGUAUUGGGGACAAAGAUAUCGGCUGUUUUCACUUUUUGAUGAAGGGAUCCGAAUGGAUGCCGAGUCGUGGUAUUCAGUGACACCCGAACGCAUCGCACAACACAUCGCCAAUCGAUUUGCGAGAAACAGUAAAAAUCAGAUUAUUGUCGACGCCUUUUGUGGUUCCGGUGGUAAUACUAUUCAGUUCGCACUCAUCUCCGAAGCCAUUAGAGUCAUAGCCGUCGAUAUUGACAUCGAGAAGAUUAUGUGUGCCAAACAUAACGCUAAAAUCUAUGGCGUUGACAAUCGUAUUGAGUUUAUUCUCGCCGAUUAUAUGGUUUUGGCCAAAACGGGAGCUCUUAAAGCUGACUCUGUGUUUCUAAGCCCACCCUGGGGUGGGCCGCGCUAUAAUAAACGGUCCGUCUAUAAGCUCGAUAUGAUGACACCCACAGGUAAUGAUUGUUAUGAAGUGACUAAAGAUUAUAUCACUUCCAAUAUCGGACUAUUAUUGCCAAGAAAUAUAGAUAUUGAAGGAGUGAAAGCAUUGGCCGGAAUCGGUAAUAGUGUGGAAAUUGAACACAAUUUACUUAAUAAUAAAAUUAAAACAAUGACCGCAUAUUUUGGUAAUUUAAUUAAAACUCCAUAAUUA